AUGGAGUAUUUUAGUCUUUCACAACAAUUGGGUGAACAAUCAAACAUUAACCAAGAACAUCCAAAGAAGCUCCCUGAAUUUUCUCAUCAGAUCACGUUCAACAAUACCACACCUCCACAGAAGCGCCGCCGUGGAAGACCUCCUAAAUGCCCAACUAGUUCAGAUGACCAACCAAGUCCAGCUGCUCAUUUGUCUGCCGCUGUUGUUAAACAAGGUACACCAAAAGCUAGUGCUCCACUGAUGAGAAUAUCACCUUUAAGGGGUGUCAAAAGAAGAGAAUCAAAUAGCUCUCCACCUCAAAGAUCUAAAGAAAAUCCAUCACCAAAGGGUGGAUUAAUCAUGAAACUGGAUGAUGAGAUUGAUAGAUCUCCAACAAAAAAGCAGAAAAAAAUCAAUAGCACAACAUCAUCAGCUGCUUCCAAUUCAAUUCAUUCUCUUACAUUGUCUUCAACAACACCAAAAUCUAAAAUCAUGAAUCCCAGAAAUGAAUUCAAGACUCCUAAUAAAGUCACCAUGAACACACAAGAAAACAUUCAUUUGUUGACAAGUGAAGGUGGCUUGGAAAAAGUUAUCAAUGAAUCUGUCAAUCCAAGUCUUUUGUUAUCAUCACCAAUGUCUAGUGUUAAAAGAGGUUCUGGAGUUAACAGUCAACAAAAUAAACUUAAAAGUUCUGCUAAAAAGGAAAAUCAAAAAUCAAACACAUAUUUAUCAUCAUCUCCAAUGACCCCAAAUUCAUAUGCUUCUUCAUGCUUUUCAUCAAUCAUUCAAUCAUCACCUCUAUAUCAAGGUUAUUAUGCUAAUCAAUCAUCACCAAAUCCAUUAUCUUCAAGUCCUAUCAAAUUUCAAAUGAAACCAAUUGAUUUACCAGAUAUCAAAGGCCAGUUCAGAGAACCGCCAAAAGCUAAAUUACCAAAAAUGGAAAAAGUUCCAAAAAAUCCAGUUAAUUCACCAGUUUUAAAGCCUCAAGCCACUUCAAAUACACCAUUAAACGCCUCUUCACCAUCUAAAAAUGAAUAUAAAUUAAGUUUUUCAAUUGAUGAACAUGGACAAGCUCAAAUUGUCAAGGUAAAGACAGAAACUAAAAAAUCCAUUCAAAACACAAAUUUACCAAGACCACCAUUCACAAGACAUGAAUCUCUGAUGUCUAUAAAACAAGGCUCUUUUAAUUUACCAAGAACAGGGUCUUUAUCAAAUAUCAAUGAAGUAAAAGAAUCAUCAAUAUCUAUUGGAAGUGUUUUGAGUCCAAAUUUAUCAUCCGAAGAUUAUGAGACGUUUAUUCAACCUUCACAAAUGACUUCUGAUCCACUGGUUGGUGAUUUUAGUCAAACUUUUGAUCCUACUCAAAAUACUGAUUUCAUGAAUGAUGCUGGUGUUCAUAAUCAAGAUGAAUUUGAAGAUGAAAGUGUUACACAUGAUGCAAGAAAUGCAUUGAUUAAGAUGAUUCGUCGCAGUGUUUAG